AUGCCAUUCGCCGUAAGAAGAGCCCCAACGCGGCGGGUACCCCAGCGCCCCGCGGGGGCGACGGCGACGCUCUAUAUAAAGCCUCGGACCCGCAGGCUUCGCGCCGUCGGAGCGGGGAGCCCUGUGCCCACCACCAGGCCCGUCGGAGCCGGAGCGCGCAGCCCCCCGAGCGACGCCCCCGGACUGGCCAUGCGUUGCGCGGCGAGCCCGUGCGCCCCGGUGCGCGCCCUGGUGCUGGCGGGCCUCUGGCUGGCGGCCGCGGGGCGACCCCUGUCCUCGGACGCUGGCCCCCACGUGCACUACGGCUGGGGCGAGCCGGUCCGCCUGCGACACCUCUACACCGCCGGCCCCCACGGUCUCUCCAGCUGCUUCCUGCGGAUCCGCAACGAGGGCGCCGUGGAUUGCGCGCGGAGCCGAAGCACGCACAGUCUGCUGGAGAUCCGGGCCGUGGCCCUGCGCACCGUGGCCAUCCGUGGCCUGCACGCGGCGCGGUACCUCUGCAUGGGCGCGGAUGGCAGGAUGCUGGCGCUGCCUCAGUACCUGGCCGAGGACUGCGCCUUCGAGGAGGAGAUCCGCCCCGACGGCUACAACGUCUACCGCUCCCCAAAGUAUCGGCUCCCCGUGUCCCUGAGCAGCCCCCGGCAGAGAGAGCUGUACCGCGGGAGGGGCUUCCUGCCCAUGUCCCACUUCCUGCCCCUGCUGCCCAGCAGCCCGACCCAGCCCCCGGACCCCCAGGAGCCCUUGGAGCCCGACUUGUUCGCUUCACCCCUGGAAAUCGACAGCAUGGACCCCUUUGGGCUCGCCUCGCAGCUGGGACACGUGAAAAGUCCAAGUUUUCAGCAGUGA